AUGAAAUUCUUUCUAAAACGAUGUUUGCACAAAAAACCAGAGGAGAUGAAACCGGGCGCCAUACUGGACGCUGUAAUCUCACAGUCCUCUCCAACGGCCAACAAAUGUCUACUCUACAAGCUGGCCGAUUACAAGCGUGGUGGCGAUCUGAUUGACGCGCUAAAUACUGGCGGUCUUGUCGCUGUUGAACAAUUAAUACGCGAACAGUUUGGCAUCUUUAUGUACAACGAUGGCAAAGGUCAAGUAAUUAACCGUGCCGAGUUUUUGCGCUGGAAAUAUCGCGACCACACUGAGGUGACCAUACCGAUUGAGGCAUCACUGUCACGCCACGACCCACUUGGCAAGUGGGAGGAUCACAAGGCCUGCUGGCAGAUGCAAUUUCGUGGUGCACUCGGCGAAAGUCUACUACAUGUGCUCAUCAUAUGCGAUUCCAAGGUACACACCAAAUUGGCUCGUGUAUUGAUACGCGUCUUUCCCAACUUGGCGCAAGAUGUGAUGGAGGGUGAAGAAUAUUUGGGCGCCAGCGCGCUACACUUGGCAAUUGCUUACAGCAACAAUGAGCUAGUGGCUGAUCUGAUUGAGGCAGGUGCCGAUAUAAAUCAACGCGCCAUUGGCAGCUUCUUUUUGCCACGUGAUCAACAGCGGCGCAAUCCGGCCAAGUCGACGGAGUAUGAGGGCCUGGCGUAUUUGGGUGAGUAUCCGUUGGCGUGGGCUGCCUGCUGCGCCAAUGAGAGUGUCUAUAAUUUGCUGUUGGAUUGUGGUGCUGAUCCAGAUGCGCAAGAUUCGUUUGGGAAUAUGAUACUACAUAUGGUGGUGGUGUGUGAUAAGUUGGAUAUGUUCGGCUAUGCUUUGCGUCAUCCAAAAACGCCGGCCAAGAAUGGCAUAGCCAAUCAUAGUGGCCUAACACCGUUGACAUUGGCUUGCAAACUGGGACGCGCUGAGGUCUUUCGUGAGAUGUUGGAGCUAUCGGCGCGUGAGUUUUGGCGUUACAGCAACAUUACCUGCUCUGGCUAUCCGCUGAACGCCUUGGAUACUUUGUUGCCAGAUGGACGCACAAACUGGAACUCUGCUCUCUUCAUCAUAUUGAAUGGCACCAAGGAGGAGCAUUUGGACAUGCUGGACGGUGGUAUCAUUCAACGUUUGCUAGAAGAGAAAUGGAAGACUUUCGCUCAAAAUCAGUUUCUAAAACGUCUGCUUAUCCUUUCAAUACAUUUGGUUUGCCUAUCCGUUUCGGUUUACAUGCGUCCUGCUCAUGUAGCGGACGAUGACGAGGAUGAGACGGCGCUUACGAACGGUGCUUCUAAGGGCUCAAAAACAGUUGAGCUCGCUGAGGAGACGGAAGAUGAGGAGUACGAUGUGCAAACUAUUGCGCGCUAUUGUGCUGAGUUUGCAACCAUUGUGGGCGUAUUGAGCUACGUCGUUUUCCAGCAAGGGGAUGAGAUUAAAAAUCAAGGACUUCCAGCUUUUCUUAAACAAUUGACCCAUGCUCCGGCCAAGGCCAUUUUUCUAGUAUCAAAUCUGUUAAUAUUGGCAUGCAUACCUUGUCGUCUGAUGGGCGAUACGGACACGGAGGAGGCUAUACUCAUAUUUGCUGUACCGGGCAGCUGGUUUUUGCUCAUGUUUUUUGCUGGUGCCAUUCGUCUCACUGGCCCAUUCGUUACAAUGAUCUAUUCCAUGAUUACGGGAGAUAUGUUCACCUUUGGCAUUAUCUACUCCAUAGUACUCUGUGGCUUUUCACAAGCAUUCUACUUUCUUUACAAGGGUCAUCCGCAGAUUCAAUCGACUAUGUUCAACACCUUUCCGAGUACUUGGAUGGCUUUAUUUCAAACUACACUUGGUGAUUAUAAUUAUCCGGAUUUGAAUAACACAACCUAUCCGAAUUUAUCGAAGACGGUAUUUGUAAUUUUUAUGAUAUUUGUGCCGAUACUCUUGCUAAAUAUGUUAAUCGCCAUGAUGGGUAAUACUUACGCACAAGUUAUUGAACGAUCCGAGAAGGAGUGGAUGAAGCAGUGGGCAAAAAUCGUGGUCACAUUGGAACGCGCAGUGCCACAAGCCGACGCUAAAAAUUAUCUUGAAGCUUACUCCAUACCACUGGGGCCGAUCGAUGACUCCGGCUAUGAGGUGCGUGGCGUAAUGGUCAUCAAAAGCAAGGCGAAGACAAGAGCUAAGCAACGCAAGGGAGCCGUAUCUAAUUGGAAAGUAUGUGGAGGUGCAGAUGGCAUACUAACACAAAAACAACGCCAGCAGCAGCAAAAUCUUCCACCCGCACCAGAUCCACUACGCGAUUUGAUCUUUCUCGCCGAUCGUCGCCCUGAAAUGCAUGAUCCACAAUAUUUUGUUGGCCUACAACAGCUGGCAAAUCAGGCUUUGGAGUUGGUGGAGCAAACAAUGGGCAUGCAUCCGGUGCCGACACCG